AUGACUAUUAUCGUCGCUUCUUUAUUCUUACCCUAUACGCCUCAGUUCGAGGCUGAUGUUACCAAUUCGGAUACUGCAAAGCUAGUUGAAUCAAGUAUGAUCAAGGUAGACUGCAAUAAUCAGGAAUUGAGCAAUAACAAGCAAGAAAGAAGCAGUUCUGUGACUUCAGCAAGUUCUCAUUAUAUUGGCUUGCCCCAAGAGCCUCAAAUCAACGGUGAACCUUUACCUAGGGCCACUGUGAGCUCUCCUGCUACGGGAGUUAACUACCAUAAUGAGAUGGAAAUGCUUUCUUCCGAGCAAUUUCUGGAAGAACUGACUGCUAACGCCACUCAUGCGGCAAACUCUGGUAUUCCGCAAACGAAUAACCCAGUUUCUUCUAGCUCAACUGCUCAGCGGCCUUCAGUGGAGGAGUUUUUUUCUGCACCAUCUGCUAGAGUCUGUCCUCCCGCUCAGGAAGCUUCUGCUUCAUCUAUUUCUGUUGGUCGCGGAUCGUCUCACUACAACGAUUUGAACUCUAACCUUAUGAAAAAUCCUAAUCUGUCAUUCGAUUCACAUCCCUCUAGGGUCAGAAGCUCAUCCAAGAGUGCCGUAAUUACUCCCGUUUCCAAGAGCGUUCCUGAUGUCGAUCCUGCUGUUGUAGAUGUCGCGAAAGUUAGAGAAGAAUUCCAACAGCAAGCUUCCUUGCCCUCCAUGAAGAGAGUUUCCGGAAGCGCUGCUGGGGACUCUUCCAUUGCUUCUGCAGGUUCUAACCUGAAGUAUUCGGAGCACUUUCAAGAUAACUUCAUUGAAGACACUGAUAGUGAGGAUGACAUUGAUUCCGAUUUGGAGACCGACGCUACGAAGAAAUACAACGUCCCCAAAUUUGGUGGUUAUUCCAAUAACGCAAAAUUAAGAGCAUCUCUAAUGAGAAACUCGUACGAACUAUUUAAACAUUUGCCAUGGACAAUAGUCGACAGUGACAAAGGGAACGGAUCCUUAAAAAAUGCGGUCAAUAUUGCAGUUGCUGAAAAGACUGUGAAAGAGCCUGUUUCCUGGAUAGGUACAAUGGGUAUUCCCACUGAUGAACUUCCUCACGAAGUUUGCCAGAAGAUUUCGAAGAAAUUAGAAAAGGAUUUCUGCUCUUACCCAGUGGUCACUGAUGAUAUUACUUUUAAGGGUGCUUAUAAAAAUUAUGCCAAACAGAUUUUGUGGCCCACCCUACAUUAUCAAAUUCCAGAUAAUCCAAAUUCAAAGGCUUUUGAAGAUCAUUCCUGGGACUACUACCAAAAAGUCAACCAAAGGUUUGCUGAUAAGAUAGUUUCCGUUUACAAACCUGGCGACACAAUUUGGAUCCAUGAUUAUCACUUAAUGCUUGUUCCACAAAUGGUGAGAGAGAAACUGCCUAAAGCUAAGAUUGGAUUUUUCUUGCACGUUUCCUUCCCAAGUAGUGAGGUAUUCAGAUGCCUUGCUAACAGAGAAAGGAUCCUGGAAGGUAUCAUUGGCGCAAACUUUGUUGGGUUUCAAACAAAAGAGUAUAAGAGACAUUUCUUACAGACUUGUAAUAGAUUACUUGCUGCAGAUGUCUCCAAUGAUGAAGUCAAGUACCAUUGCAAUAUUGUUUCUGUAAUGUAUGCGCCAAUCGGUAUUGAUUAUUUCCAUUUGGCGUCGCAAUUAAGAAAUGAUUCUGUAGUUGAAUGGCGUCAACUUAUUAAAGAGAGAUGGCGUAAUAAAAAACUGAUUGUUUGUCGCGAUCAAUUUGACAGAAUUAGAGGUCUUCAGAAAAAAAUGUUGGCCUACGAAAGGUUUUUGAUAGAAAACCCUGAAUAUAUUGAAAAAGUUGUUUUGAUCCAAAUCUGCAUUGGUAAGAGUUCCGAUCCUGAGUACGAACGCCAAAUUAUGGUUGUCGUCGAUAGAAUCAAUUCUUUGUCCUCGAACAUCAGUAUUUCUCAACCAGUGGUGUUUUUACAUCAAGAUUUAGAUUUUGCUCAAUAUUUGGCGUUGAAUUGUGAAGCAGAUGCUUUCUUAGUGGACGCGCUAAGAGAAGGUAUGAACUUAACAUGUCAUGAAUUCAUUGUCAGUUCAUUCGAAAAAAACGCACCUUUGUUAUUAUCUGAAUUCACCGGUAGUUCUUCUGUCCUAAAGGAGGGUGCUAUUUUAAUCAACCCAUGGGAUAUAAAUCAUGUAGCACAAAGUAUCAAGAGGAGUUUGGAAAUGUCUCCCGAAGAAAAAAGACGUAGGUGGAAAAAAUUAUUCAAAUCUGUUAUUGAACACGAUUCGGAUAAUUGGAUUACCAAAUGUUUCGAGUAUAUAAAUAAUGCUUGGGAGUCCAACCAAGAAACAUCAACUGUUUUCAAUUUGGCCCCAGAAAAAUUCUGUGCCGACUACAAAGCCUCCAAAAAACAUUUAUUCAUCUUCAAGAUUUCAGAACCUCCAACGUCAAGAAUGCUAUCUUUACUAAGUGAAUUGAGUUCCAAUAAUAUAGUUUACGUUUUGAGUUCAUUUACAAAGAAUACAUUCGAAGGGUUAUACAAUGGUGUUUUAAACAUCGGUUUGAUAGCGGAAAAUGGUGCUUACGUAAGAGUUAACGGGUCAUGGUACAAUAUCGUGGAGGAGCUUGAUUGGAUGAAAGAGGUGGCAAAGAUUUUUGAUGAAAAAGUCGAGAGAUUACCUGGUUCAUACUACAAAAUUGCCGACUCUAUGAUCAGAUUCCAUACAGAAAAUGCCGAAGAUCAAGAUCGUGUCCCAACCGUUAUUGGGGAAGCUAUCACGCACAUAAACACUUUAUUCGAUGACAAGGAUAUCCAUGCUUAUGUGCAUAAGGAUAUCGUCUUUGUUCAACAAACAGGGCUAGCCUUAGCCGCCGCCGAGUUUUUGAUGAAAUUCUACAACAGUGGUGUCAGUCCUACUGACAAUAGCAGAAUUUCUCUAUCGAGAACAUCCUCUUCGAUGUCUGUCGGUAAUAAUAAGAAGCAUUUCCAAAACCGGGUGGAUUUUGUUUGCGUUUCCGGUUCAACAUCACCUAUUAUCGAACCAUUGUUUAAAUUAGUGAAGCAAGAGGUUGAAAAGAACAAUCUAAAAUUUGGUUACACCAUUCUUUACGGUAGCUCUAGAUCUACUUAUGCGAAGGAACAUAUCAAUGGUGUCAAUGAACUUUUUACAAUUCUUCAUGACUUGACAGCCGCUUAA